AUGUGGAAAAUAUUUAGUGCAAUAUUAUUGUGGAUUGCUGCAGUUCAAUGUCUUCCGAGAAGGGGAUUUGUGACAAGUGAAGAUUUUGGAUUCGUUGGAUAUCGUAAUGCUGUCAAUAAUAAUCACAGAGCACAUUAUCCUAGACAAGGAUACGGCGGCAGUUACGCUCAACCCUACGGUGGAUUUCCAGGACAUUACAGUGGUGGCGGAUUUCUGGGAAAAAAGUAA